GCUGUCCCACCACCACCCUAAAGCUACAGUACGCGCGCCCGAGAGAAGAGACGGAGAGGGUGGCCGAGCUAAUAAGCGGUCGACCUGUGGUGAACUGGCGAUUGACAGUCGAGAGAUUUGUAGAGAGAGACUAUUUAGGCGCACCGAGCAAGCAUAUGAUCAGACAUCGCUCUGCUGGCUGCGGAAAAUAAAAGGAGACUUAGAGAGAGAAAGAAAGAGAGGAGGAGGAGGAGAUGGGUCGGGGGAAGGUGGAGAUGAGGCGGAUCGAGAACAAGAUAAGCCGGCAGGUGACGUUCGCCAAGCGCCGGAAUGGGCUGCUCAAGAAGGCCUACGAGCUCUCGCUGCUCUGCGACGCCGAGGUCGCCCUCAUCAUCUUCUCCGGCCGCGGCCGCCUCUUCGAGUUCUCAAGCUCCUCAUGCAUGUACAAAACACUUGAGAGAUACCGUACCUGCAACUCCAACUCACAGGAAGCAACACCUCCGCUAGAAAGUGAACUUCCUCUCAAAAAAAGAAAUCCUUCCCAACUUCCUCCCAAAAAAAGAAAUACUUCCCAGCUUUCCAUUUGUUGGGACAACAAUUUUGUUUGGAACUAUCUUGUUUAUUUGGCCAACAAGAUUAAUUACCAGGAAUAUUUGAAGCUCAAGACCAGAGUUGAAUUUCUUCAAAGUUCACAAAGAAAUAUUCUCGGUGAGGAUCUGGGCCCACUUAGCAUGAAGGAGCUUGACCAGAUAGAGAACCAAAUAGAUGCAUCCCUCAAGCAUAUCAGGUCAAAAAAGAAUCAGGUACUACUCGAUCAGCUAUUUGAACUGAAAAGUAAGGAGCAAGAAUUGCAGGAUGAAAACAAUGACUUGAGGAAGAAGUUGCAAGAUACCACCAGCUGCUGCGGAGAGAAUGCGGUCCAUAUGUCCUGGCAAGACGGAGGGCAGUGUAGCUCCAGAGUACUACAUCCGGAGCAUGAUACCUCCAUGCAAAUUGGGUAUCCUCGGGCCUACAUGGAUCAGCUGAACAACAGAGAUCACGUGGCUUGUGAGCGCCCUGGUGGAGGAUCGUCUGCAGGUUGGAUAUGAUUAACUGAUGUGGCGCUGCGUCGUGUGUACUGUAGCUAAUGUAUUUGUACUUCGGUGACAAUUGUUAUAUUUUUUUUUGUGUACUGGAGUUGUGGUGAUGAGCACCACAUGUAUCUACUGAAAUUAUGUGUGUGCUAAGCUGCGUGGUACGCUGACGGACCAAAAGUUUGACAGCU